UUUUCAGUAAACUAACUGUUUACAAUUAAGGAACAAUCAUUACCACAAGUUCAACUCAACAUCUUAAUUGAGAUAUAAAGAUUCUAUUUGAUUGUCAAUACAAUCAAAGUGAAUGAUUAGAUUGAGUAAAUAUUGAAUUUUUCAAUUGUCUUUUAUUCAACUGUUUUUAAUUUUAUUGGUUCAUCUAAAUUGUUUCCUGUGGUGCUAAUUGAUCUGGAUUAUCUUCAUCUCAGUUAAAUACAUCACCAAAUAGAAUCUUCGUCAAGUUGGUUCUCUCUCUCUCUCUCUUUCUCUCUCUCUUGUUAGCUGAUUGUCUUCAGUUUACAUCAUCAUCAUCAUCAUCUUCUUCUUCUUCUUCUUCAUUUGUAUUACCUGAAACCAUUUUCUACAUUGGAUUAAUUUACUGUGCGUUGUGAUUCCAAUCUAAUCUUUGAUCAGAUUUACUGUUGACCAGUUUUUUUCCCUGUGAACAAAAACAAAGUUAAUCCAAAGAAAAACCCAUAAUAAUAAUCAAGGAAAUGUCAUCAACUCCAUGGAAAGAAGCAGCAACUCUUAUAAUUGUUGCCCGAGCUUCAGUUACCCAAAAGAUUGGAGUUGAUUUGGGUCACAAUUUAAUUGUCUCAAGUCGCGUUUUACCAAAUGAAGAAAAGGCCACAAUUCGUUCAUCAAAACAAUUAACAUCAACCGAUUAUCGUGUUCUAAUGGUUAAACGAAGUAACCUUUCAUCUUUCAUGGCCUCAGCUUAUGUUUUCCCCGGUGGACAUGUUGAAAUUUCCGAUUAUUCAUCUAAAUGGUGGAAUCUUUUCCAAAGACUUGGUAUCAACAAAGAAACAUUGAUAAAAGACAUUAGAUCCCGUGUAACUGGACCUCGUCCACCGAUGAUUCAAAAUCCAACAAUUUUACAAGAAAUUGAUACUCAUGCAAAUGAAUUUGAUAAUCUUUUAAUCCCAGAGAUCGCCUUAAGAAUAGCAGCAAUUCGAGAAACUUUUGAAGAAACAGGUGUGGCUCUAUUAACUUCAGUACCUUAUGGAAAUCAAUCAACUGAUGAUGUUAAUAUUGGAAAUGUUGAUUUAGUUUCAUGGCGGCAAAAGGUUAGAGAAAAUGGAUCAAAUUUCAUCAAUCUAUGUGAGCAACUUAAUCAAGUUCCCAAUAUAUGGUCACUUUACGAAUGGUGGGACUGGUUAACUCCGAUCUCCGUUGGUCAUAAGCGAUUUGAUACAAUGUUUUAUAUUUGCUGUCUAAAUAAACAACCGAAAGUCGUUCUCGAUAAUACCGAAGUUACCAAGUUGAAGUGGUGUACACCUUCUGAGAUAAUUAAUGAACAUACUAAUGAAGGUGUUUUUCUGGCUCCACCUCAAGUGUACGAAUUAGCUCGUUUGGAUAAUUUGGCGAGUUUCGAUGAGAUUGAGCGAUUUUCUCGUGAAAGAGAAAAAUUUGGCGUCCAAAGAUGGAUGCCAGUAAUUGCUACUUAUUCUGAUGGUGCGAUCUCACUUCUUCCAGGGGAUGAUGCGUUUCCCUCUGAGCCCGAUAUAAUUGGCCUUAAACCUGUUCCCGAUUUUCCCGAAACUUUGGCUCAAAUGAAAUCUCAAGUUACUAAUAUAAACAGGAUUGAAUUGAGAGGUCCUGUUUGUACCUGUUUAAAUAAUUGUCGACUUACUUGUGGUCAUCUUAGUCCAGUUCCAGCUCCUUCAUCUUCAGUUAAAUCUAAACUUUAAACCUAAUCAAUCAUUAUCAUUGUCAGACAAUUUAACCUGAAAACCAACUAUUUUCAUUUUGAACAAGUUUCCAUUACAUUUUGGCUCUUACCAAUUUCACCACAUCAAAACGGACAAUCAAUUAAUACAAAUCAAUUGGCAUAAAUAAAUCAACGAGAUAAAUAAUCAAUAAUUAACAGUUAAAACAAUCAAUAUUCUUGGACUGUGAUAGCAAAUUGGAUUAGAUAGAAUUUGAUAAUAACAAAGAUUCAUACAAACGCUCUUAACUCCAUACAAUUCCAGUGAUGAUAAUCAAUUCUGAUUGAUAAGUGAUUCCAAUUAUUUGUUUUAAUCAAUUUUUAUACUUAAUUAUAAUCUGAUAUUUUUUUAAAAGUUACAAUUUGAAAUGCUUACUUUUUGUUACAACAUAAUAUUAUAUAUUGAAUUACAUGGAUCCCUUGGAUUAAAGACCAAUGGAAAAUUUCUAAAUAAAAUUGGAGAACAGGUCUAA